AGAAACACACGCUGUUAAACCGAGAGAGGUAGUGAAAACGGAGUCUUGGAAUCAGAAUAUCAUUAUCAAUCAAGUGGGAAAAUAAACAAGAUCAUCACGAGCUGCUUUAACGACUCAUUGGAAUUAACUCUCGUGUUUUUCCACCCGGGAUUUCAUUCACGCUUCUCCAGGAGGAUCCUUCUGCUGCGGAUUAAUUUACACUGUAAAACUUUUUGAUCGUCAGCAACUCGUGCCUCAUAUGGGAAAGUAGAGAGGCUGAAAGGACAAGUUUCUCUGCACCUUCCCUCGUGCGCGUCAACUCUUCACCUUGACUGUGACAUAACGGAAGGCAUUUCAAACUUUCUCCAUGAGUGUUUGAGCCGGGCUACACAGACCUGUGGAGCUUUCACUGCUUGUUUAAGGGCUGUCAACACAAUGGGACGCCUGUGUAUGCUCCUGGUUGUCAGCCUCUCCCUGCUCACCUGCCAGGUUUCGUGCUCCGGAGUCUUUGAAUUGAAGCUGCAGGAGUUUCUCAAUAAGAAAGGUGUCGCUGGGAACGCAAACUGCUGCUCCGGAGGCUCCACACACUCGCAGGGUCAACAUCAGCAGUGUGAGUGUAAGACUUUCUUUCGGGUGUGUCUGAAGCAUUACCAGGCCAACGUCUCUCCUGAGCCUCCCUGCACCUACGGCGGGGCUGUGACGCCCGUCCUCGGCUCCAACUCCUUCCAGGUGCCGGAGACCAACGCGGAUAGCUUCACCAAUCCGAUCCGCUUUCCAUUUGGCUUCACAUGGCCGGGGACGUUUUCACUGAUCAUUGAAGCCCUGCACACCGACUCCCUGGACGACCUGGCAACAGACAACCCUGAUCAUCUGAUCAGCAGGACCACUACUCAGCGUCACCUCACUGUUGGAGAGGAGUGGUCCAAGGACAUGCAGACAGGCGGCAGAACUGAGCUGCGUUACUCUUACCGCUUCCUCUGUGAUGAGCAUUACUAUGGCGAAGGCUGCUCUGUCUUCUGCCGCCCCAGAGACGAUGCCUUCGGCCACUUUACCUGUGGAGAGCGUGGGGAGAUCAUAUGCAACUCUGGCUGGAAGGGACAGUACUGCACUGAACCAAUCUGUCUUCCUGGCUGUGAUGAAGAACAUGGGUUCUGUGAUAAACCUGGAGAGUGCAAGUGUCGUGUGGGCUUCAGUGGACGUUACUGUGACGACUGUAUCCGUUACCCAGGCUGCCUCCAUGGCACCUGCCAGCAGCCCUGGCAGUGUAACUGCCAGGAGGGAUGGGGCGGGCUCUUCUGCAACCAGGAUUUGAACUACUGUACGCACCAUAAGCCCUGUCUUAAUGGAGCCACCUGCACCAACACUGGCCAGGGCAGCUACACAUGCUCUUGUCUGCCUGGGUACUCAGGAGCCAGCUGUGAGAUCCAGGUCAACGAGUGCUCUGGAAACCCCUGUCGCAACGGAGGCAGCUGCACUGAUGAUGAGAACGGCUAUAAAUGCACCUGCCCACCUGGUUUCUAUGGUAACAACUGCGAGUUGAGUGCCAAUACCUGUGCAGAUGGGCCUUGCUUCAAUGGGGGGCGUUGCGCCGACAACCCAGAGGGAGGCUACUUUUGUCAAUGCCCAAUGGGAUAUGCUGGCUUCAACUGCGAAAAGAAAAUCGACCACUGCUCCUCUAACCCCUGUUUAAAUGAUGCAGAAUGUGUUGAUCUAGUGAACUCCUACCUCUGUCAGUGUCCUGAAGGAUUUUCAGGUCCUAACUGUGAGGACAGUGUCGGCAUCUCUGGAUACUGUCUGUCCUUUCCUUGUCGGAAUGGUGGGACAUGCCAGGAAGGAGCCAAUGGCUACACCUGCACCUGCCCUCCAGGAUAUACUGGUGAAAAUUGCAGUACCCCUGUCUCCCGCUGCCAUCACAACCCAUGCCACAAUGGAGCCACCUGCCAUGAACGUGGAGGUCGCUAUGUGUGCGCGUGUGUACCUGGUUAUGGUGGUCACAACUGUCAGUUCCUCUUACCAGAAGUUCCCAGAGGUCAGCCGGUGGUGGACGGACCAGACCGGAGAUAUUCCCCUGAUGAUAUGGAGGACGAUGAUGAUGACAGCACCGGAUUCCCCUGGACGGCCGUGUGUGCUGGGGUCUUCCUCGUUCUUGUGAUUCUGAUUGGCUGCUCUGUGCUGGUGGUCUACAUUAGGGUCAAACUACAGGAGCGGCACAGUCACCAUGGUGAAAGUGUUCAUAGCGACAGCCAUGAGACCAUGAACAACAUAACCACCACCAACAACUGUCUCCGCAGCGACAAGGAACAUGGCUCUCUGAUGACAACAUCAAUUAAAAACACCAACAAGAAGGCAGAUUACCACUCAGACCUUGCUGGGUCUCUGGGUGGUCUGAGCGGAAUCAGUGGACUCAGUGGACCAGAGAAGAAGGGCUUCAAGACUCGCUACCCCAGUGUGGAGUACAACCUGGUCCAUGAGCUGCGGCCUGAGGAGAUGUUGCUGUGUAAAGAAGAGGGCCAUGUAGAACCAGAGGUUAGAUGUGACAUGCUGGAUGACUCAGACUCAGAGGAAGGAUACAGGAAGAGACUAAACAGUGACGCAUCUGAAAAGAAACAGGUAGAAGAGUCACCGAGCUGCAGUGAGGCAAAAUAUCAGUCAUCCUGCGAUUUGAACUAUCACACAGCAAGUGACCUUAAACACCAGUCAACCAGUGAUGUCCAAUACCAGUCAACAAGUGACGUCAACUACCAGUCAACAAGUGACGUCAACUACCAGUCAACAAGUGAUGUCAAAUACCCGUCAACAAGUGACGUCAAAUACCAGUCAACCAGUGAUGUUGACUAUCACAGUCCCAAUGACAGCAGGUACCAUUGUACCACAGACACCAAAUACCAGUCCAUCUACGUCAUGUCAGACCAAAAAGAUGAAUGUAUCAUUGCUACAGAGGUAUGAUACAAGUCCAGACCAGAUCAUACCAGAUUCCUCUGGUUAAUAGCGGUCCAUUCAAAUCAGCCCUGAGCAGUAGAGCUCAGCUUGUCUCCAGGAGGUUUUACUCCUGCUGUUUGCUGCUGUUCCCUGGGAUUUACCGGAGGACUUGAGCCAAGAUGCUACUGAGCCAGUGCAGAGUCAGUACCCACUUGGCAGGACUCAGUACUACAGUAGUACAAUGGGUGAACACCAGACAUUUACGACCCUGAAGGUCAGAUGCAGACUCAGUUCUACAGAUAAAGGACCAGAAGACACUGGUACAAAGUUUGUACAGAAACAGUGCUGAAUGAGCUCUGUAAUUGUAUGGUGGCUGCCGAAGAACUGUUGCACAAGUGGGGAAUUUACGGCUCAUAAAAGGAUGAACUCUACUUUCCUGAUAAACUCUGGAGUAUGGACUUGGAAGUUGACAGACGAUAUUGUAGUACCGUAGAGUACUGAUUAAGUGAACAUUGUAGUACCUUUGGUGUACUGAGAACUUUUAAAGUACUGUUGAAGUACUGUUAUGUGCUGUGGUUUUACAAUGCAGUGUAAAAGCUGUCGUAGAUAUUGGACAGUUCAUGUUCUGUGCAGUGCCGCAGAGCAAAGGAUAAAGUAUUUGCAAAAACGAAGUCCCUUUCCAUCAAAAGUACUGCAGAUGCUGCUGAAUUAAAUUAAUUAAGAAUUAAUAUAAAGAUAAUCUUAAUUGGAGCUUUCCAAUCAACCACAGAAACAGCUGGACUUCUGGAAUAAUUGUACUAGGUCUUACGCUUUGCGGCACUGACAGUGACAGUGUCGGCUGAGCUGGUUCUCAGCAGGUAACAGAGAACUGAAGACUCCAGUAGUGACUGCACAUUGAUCCAACAUGGAUCCAGUUGGGCCAUACUGGCCCCCUGACGUUUGUGAUACACAGGGCAAUGCUUUGGGCAAGGCAACUUAGGCAACACAACAGUCAGAAUGGGAGAACAUACAAAGGGAAAAGAGACUUUGAAACAAAUCAGAAAAACUUAGCAUAAAUGUUGACCAGUUUUUACACAAAGUUACCAAUAAAAUACAAAAGUCUCCUGAGCUCUGGUGAUGCUGUCGUGCUUUUAAGGAGGCCAAGCUAUUAAGGACUAGUCUCAACUGCCAUGAGCUCAUUGCACUAUGGAAGUGUGUGUGUUAAUGUGUGUAUGAAUGUGUGUACAGAAGAGGUGAUGACUGUAUGUGGUGUCAUAUGUAUGCACUGCCCACUCCCAUCACUCCCAGUCUUCCACUAUUAGCCAAUUGAAGGACACCAUCAUCCUGCCUGUCGUUGGUUAGGAUCAUUUGUUUUUAUUUUAUUUGUUAUGUAAAGAAAGAUGUAUUCUUUUAAUUUAACUAUGUAAUUAUUUGUGUUCAACCCUGUUGUGAUUCUUUUGUUAAACCUGUUAUAAUUUAAGUUUUAUUGUUUUUAUUUGGCAGAUAAUGUAUGUAUGUAAGUAUGUAUGUAUGCAUGUAUGUGUUAGGCACUUGAGACCCCUGUGACUGUGUUGUAUUUAAGAGAAAAGUCGUAUGUACAGAGCCUGUCAUUUUUAAUACUGGAAAACAGCGCAAUAUUUUUCCAAAAUAAAAGAGAAAUGAAAUCAUGAA